GGCAUCGAGCGAGAGCGGGCCACGCGACCGCCUAACCUUAAACGCGCGAUAGCAGAGUGCGCCAGUAGUAUCGGCGAGUUGCGGGGGUUUCGUAUUUCAUAAUGCCCGUAAAUAUUUCCGUGGGACGGUUCGAUCGCGCGAGUCCUACGCGAGCGAGGCCUUGACUUUAGCACGCACGCGAUAAGCACCGCUGGCACCGGGGGAUGUCCCCGAGAAUCCGAUUAAGUUGCGUCCGAUCGUCCACCCGGCUGUGGGAGCAAGUGUGAGGAAAAGAGAGAGGAGCCAACGAGAAGAGAUACGACCGAGAAGGAGGUACAGAGAGGGAAAAUCGUCGAACGCAGGUAGACGACGCGAGCGCGCGCUCGAGUGAUCGGUAAAAUCUGAUGAAGUUGACGACGCAAUGAAUAAUCCUCGUAUGCCUUGUCACCCCGUGCACACCCGCGUCAUUCCGAGUUGAAUCGACUCUCUUUUUUCCCCUACAUUACAGACAGGCUGAUGUGACAAAGUAGAGACUGAAAGAGAGAAAGAGAACUCGUCGAGUUCGUGCUAAACGUGUGAUUCGAACGUUUCUCUUCGCCUGCCGAAACCGUCGGACUUCUCUCGCCUCUCCCGCUGAUUCUCCUUCUCAUUCUCUCUCUUCCCCCAACCCCCCUGUGCAACCGCAGUUGCUCGAGCGCUACGCGGUGGUGGCCAUUCAGCCGCCGUGCAAUUGACGUGCAGUUAACGCGUCCGGGCUGGCAUGCUGGAGGCACGACUGGCCGCGUCGCGGUCGUGAAAGGGCAGACACGGUCCGCGGUGCCUCGGCGCGACGGUGAGUGAGGAGAGUGUGGAGGGCGACGGGUGGCGGCGGCGGUGGUGGCGGUGGCGACACAAGGGGGGGAGGAGGCCUUUCGCCCCCUUCGCGAGCCAGACGCCGGUAAUGAGUGUUUACACCGCGAGCACGCCGACAGCGAGCAGCGCGAUAUCGCCGGCGAUAAGUGCGACGACGACGACGGCGUCGUCAACAACAGCGGCGGCGGCAGCAGCGACGACGACAGCUACGGCGACCACGUCGGCGGGGACGACCGCCGCGUCGCCACCCGAAUCAGCGACCGGCUGGAUCGAGUUCUGCGAGAGACACGCCCGCGCCUCGGCCUCCGACUUCGCCAAGGCGUUCUGCGCUUACGUGAGCCUGAACCUGCCCGAGAGCGCCCGCACCAAUCUCUCGCACCGCGACUUCCUCAGGAAGUUCGUCGAGAGUUUCUGCGAACACUUCGAGAGCGAGUACCUGCGUCAUAGCGUGAGGUCACCACCGUCGCAUGACGGCAAAAGUGCAGCGGCCAAUGAUGUAAAUCCCGCGAAUCAAAAUGCCAGCAACACGCCGGUCCGUGCUUCGUCGCACGAGGAAUUCAGCGAUUACUCCGAACACGAGGGGGAGGCGGUGUCGCCGAAGCCUGUUCACAAACCUUUCUUCCGCAGAUUGUCCUUCAAGGGACUCAAGAAGGGCAAAGGUUUCUUCCACAAGCAGCAGAGCGACGAGGUCGAGCUGUCGCACAGCGAGCACCGCAAGGACAAGCACUCGAAAGCCAAGUUGUCGAAGAUCGUGGUGGAGUGCAGGAAAGAAGGCAUCGUCAAUUCCUUGAUGGGCGAGAACAUAGACGGCACUCAGAAAUGGGAGAAAUCGCGACUGGCUCUGAUAAAGGCCAUCGGCGGAUAUAUGCUGGAAUUUUACUCGCCGCCGAAAGCGGUGAAGCCACGAAGCGGCGUGUUUUGCUCGGCGAUAACGGAAGCGAGGGAGACCACGGCGCUCGAGAUGCCGGAUCACGAGAACACGUUCGUCCUGAAAACUCAGAACAUGGAAUUCGUCAUAGAAGCGCACGACUCGAACGACAUGAGGUCGUGGCUGGCCACGAUCAAGUACUGCAUACGAACGGUGCAGCAGAGCUCGAGCGCUCCCGGUUCCGGGCCGGGGGAGACUAUCGGGGACUCCCUGGGCCACGGUUCCUUGAACAUCGGCCCCGACAGCGAUCGAUUACGAGCCAAUUCGGCGAGCAAGACCUUCCGGUCAGCUAGUCAUGAGCACGGCGACGACCAGCAGGGUAAUCCGCCGGAGUUACCUCCGAGACUUCGGAUGCGCAGCAGCAGUAAUCUAGAAUUAUGUUCCUCCCAGCAAGAAAUCGAGCAAAUGCCUGCCAAUGAAGGCGAGCUGGACUUAUCGAGCAGCUUACGGGAAUACCCGUGGUUCCACGGCACCCUUCCGCGCUCAGACGCCGCGCAACUUGUGUUACACAGUGCAGCUAACGGUCACGGGGUCUUUCUCGUGCGGCAAAGCGAAACGAGGAAAGGCGAAUUCGUGUUGACUUUCAAUUUCCAAGGGAGAGCUAAACACUUACGGAUGACGCUGAACGAUCAAGGCCAUUGUCGAGUCCAGCACUUGUGCUUUCCCGCGAUAUAUGACAUGCUCGAGCACUUUCGGCAGAAUGCGAUACCUCUCGAGUCCGGCGGCACGGCGGAUGUCACUUUAACGGAGUACGUGGUGGCGAACCAUGCGCCGCGACCGGUACCGGUGCACCACAACGUGGCGAGCGCGAGCGUGCAUCAGCCGCAAGAAAGGAGACCGGCGGCGCUCCCGGAGCCCAGAGAAGUACGCACGUACGGUGGUUCUAUAAGAACGCGUGUGGAAUCGUUGGAGCGACUAGAACAACAGAAUAGCAUCGCGGAACAGCAGGGCUCGGCGUCGUCCACCGGCAGAGCGGUUCAGAACACUUACAGUUUUCUCUGAUAUUGGAUUCGCACUCCGAUUCGCAAUCCACCGUCCGGCUACAAUCUGGUCAGCCCGACGGAUUGAACACAAACAGCAAGUGCGAAAAAGAAAGAUUUUUAUUUUCACAGCCGCGCGUUACUCUGUGCAGUGCAAAUGUAUUCGACCAAGCGCGUCACUUUUUUUAGUACAAAAGUUGUAUCUUUCGUUUCCUUUUCCGGAAAGUAAAAGAGAAAGGCUCUUCCAAACCCUGUUGACUCUCGCGUAGGAACAUCCGACAGUAUAUACCUUUAUGAUUCGUCAGCAGCGUGUUUGCAUUGCAUUUACAUUAAACGAUAAGCGAAUAGAGAAUAGACUGCCGAACGAAACAAAUCUCAGUUAGCAAUAGUCUUCACUCUGCAGUAUUGUGCAUAAAACUACCCCUCGAAUUACCUCCUCCACUCUCUUUCCCCCUUGAAGAUGUUACACUUCCCACGAAGCUCUCUUUUGCACGUUCGCAUGUACCCUACGGUUUGUCACCUUUUAUCGAGAUCAAAUUAACCGACCUCCGCCUUUGUCCUUAACGAGAGAACGGAGAGGUGUAUUUUAAUUUAAAAUCUAACAGGGUUUAAAUUUAACAACGAUAAAAAAAGCCCGGUUAUUCGCUUAACUAAUUUUAUGGUAUAUGUACUUACAUAACGUACCCCACGCGUAAGAACACGCACGCACGCGUAGGCGGGAAGUGGUGGUUCCUCCCGAAAUCGCGAAUUGUUCAACUGCCAUGUGUCGCAACUCCCGAUUCGUGUCCUUGGAUCAGCCCGAAGACUUGAAGACGAACGCCACGCCAAAGCUAAAAUUUAAUACUAGUGAACCUCGCUUCGUCACCAUCACAAUCUGUUACGCGAAAUUGCAUUUCAGCCACAUUGUCGCUAGUCCCGAUGCUUCGUAAGACGUCGAGUAUAAUAGAAGCGUCCUAUAACCAUCAAUAAGUGUAAAACAUGUCGCCGAUACUCAUAAAUUAUCCCAAUGCUCGUCAAUGUAUAAAUUUCCGAUUUAUCGGACAAAUAAAAUGUUUGAAGAGAAAGAGAGAGAGAAAGAGAGAGAGAAGGGUGUAACUUUAUGAUGAGUCUGCAUAAAUCGAAGGGACAAAGCGUUUCGAGCUACAGUAAGUAUCGUCCCACGUAUCCUCGCAAGAAUAGCAGCACCGUACUUGAUAAGCAGCGUGUCGAGAAGCGUAUUAACGAACUGCUGUAACGACUAAGGACUAAUCACUAACACUGUAGAGCAAUACGACUGCGUGUGCGAAACUUACACAGAUAAUAAAUAAAUGUAUGAAUGGAUGGUAACAUGUACAAUAGAAAGCAAUGAUUGACGAAGUAUCCGCGAUAUUUGGUGGUACGAGCAUAGAGCAAGUAUUCUCAGUACGAGCCGAACUGAUUACUGUGAUAAGAUCUUUCAUUUUGCGCAGGCAUCGAAUAUAAUCCCGCAUUGUCGUCUACGCCGGUCAACGUUCUUGUCCAUGAGGAUCAUCGCUGUUACAUCGUCGAUAGACAGGCAGACAGUUGUAUAAAUAGAAUUUCCAAUCGCGAUAUAUGUUGUUGUAAGGAGGAGAGAAAUUCGUAGGAACGUCGUAGCCGAUCCGGUGAAUCUAUAUCGCGAAUAUCUGUUCUUUAGUCAAGGCGCUCAUGCUGUAGGUAGAAUGUAAGCUUUAUCCUUCCUGUACUCACGCAGUUAAAGCCGACAGUCCGUGGGAUAUACCGAGUCUGACAACUGAUAGGCAUUCAACCGUAAUACUUUUUUACCUUAUGUUAAGAUGCAAAGAUGAGAAUAAAAACUGGAUUACCUGGAGAGUACUCUCGCAGUUGUGUAAUACGUUACUUUUAAGUUAUUCACACGCACGUGCUUUACGCACGUUCAUAGAACACAUGUAUAGCGUUUGUUAGGCCGAGAAGUCGUUAGAAUGUUAAUUGCUCGUGGAGAUUACUGUAGCGUCUCCCCAGCUAUAAUUAUAACUUCUUUGGAUCGUGGACAUUUAUUUUUGCGUUAUCGAGAUUAAUUUGAGAAUUUUAACGAACUUUCGAGAUUAAAUUGUGUGAGAAAUUUCGGCGUCGAAAAAGUAUUACGAUUUAAAAUACGAAAUUACAAUUUAUCCAAAUAGGUCAGAUCAUUUCGGUGAAUGUCAGUAUGUAAACAUUAAUAAAAGGCACGCCUUCCCUAUAUAAGAAAUAUGUAUAUAAAAGAACUGAAUAUAAAAUUUAAAUAUACACGAGAUUAUGUAAUA